GUUGAUUUUCAAAAGAAUUGUGAGUUCAUCGGUGAACCCGGAUUUAAUUCUCAUCAAAUUAGGAGUAAAACUUGGUCAGUUAAGGAUACUCCAGCACAAGUAAAAGCUCCAAUACAAAAGGGUAACAAUCUUAGUAUCGUCGGAUGCAUUUCUCCAUUUGGGACCCUUAAC